AAUACAGGGCAAAGUUCUCUCUCCGUUCACGCUUUUUGUUAUGUGUAUCAUUUUUUCAGUGUUUCUCCACUCAACACCGGAAGAGGCAUGGUAACUAGAGCUCCAACUCAUUAGAACUAUACUCCCAACACUAACUUCAAGGCUCCACAGCAAGCAUAAAUCUGGAUGAUGAUGGAGCUCCCAUUCCUCUCCUUCCCAAUUCUGUUCACAUUCCUGCUGUUUCUGUUCAUGGUAUUGAAAGCCAAGGUCAGUUCAGCUCCAAAACUGCCUCCUGGGCCGUGGAAGCUGCCUCUAAUUGGAAACAUUCACCAAUUUGUUGGAUCUAUACCCCAUCGCCGCCUAAGAGAUUUGGCCAUGAAACAUGGACCUCUGAUGCACCUGCAACUUGGACAACUUCCUAUUGUUGUCAUUUCUUCAGCAGAAUUUGCCCAACAAGUGAUGAAAAAACAUGACAUCGUCUUUGCUAGCAGGCCUUUUAUUCUUUCUACAAGUAUCAUAUCCGAGAAUGACAUUGCCUUUGCACCUUAUGGGGAUCACUGGAGACAACUUCGAAAACUUUGCAUACUAGAGCUCUUAAGUGUCAAGCGUGUCCAAUCAUUCCGACCCAUCAGGGAAGAAGAGACCUCCAAUUUGAUCAAAUCUAUUUUGACCCAUACAGGAUCCCUCGUCAAUCUAACUGAAAAGUUUUUCUCCAUGACAUACAGCAUCACUGCAAAGGCGGCCAUUGGUAAGAAAUUCCACGGGCAAAAAGAAUUCAUAUCACUUGUCAAGGAAACCAUAGAGUUAGGAGGAGGUCUCAAUAUUGCUGAUCUCUAUCCGUCAUUUAAAAUGCUGGCUUUAAUAACCGGACUGAGGCCUAGAAUUGAGAAGAUUCAUCGGAAUAUUGAUAGGACGUUGACCAAUAUCAUUGAUGAACAUAAAGCUAGGAAGGUGGCAGCACAGACCGGUGACGGUGAAGCUGAUCAAGAAGACCUGGUAGAUGUUCUUCUAAGACUUCAGAAGGAGGGUAAUCUUGAGAUCCCCUUAACUAUGACAACCGUCAAGUCAGUCAUCUUGGACAUGUUCAUUGGUGGGAUCGAGACAUCAUCUAAUACUCUAGGCUGGAUAAUUGCAGAAAUGCUGAAAAACCCAAGAGUGAUGAAAAAGGCACAAGCUGAGGUGAGACAAAUUUUAUGUAAAAAAGGAAACAUUCUUAAUGAAGAUGACCUCCAUGAAUUGAGUUACUUAAAGUUAGUUAUCAAAGAAGCUCUGAGAUUACACCCUCCUCUCCCUUUAUUAGUUCCAAGAGAGAGCAGAGAGAGAUCUGAAAUCAAUGGAUAUGAGAUACCUGCAAAAACUCAAGUCUUUGUCAAUGUAUUUGCAAUUAAUAAAGAUCCCGAAAAUUGGAGUGAUCCAGAGAGCUUUGUUCCAGAGAGAUUCUUUGAUAGUUCAAUUGAUUACAAGGGGACACAUUUUCAAUAUCUACCAUUUGGUGCUGGGAGGAGAAUAUGUCCUGGCAUGUCGUUCGGUUUAGCUAAUGUUGAGCUUCCACUUGCAAAUUUGUUGUAUCACUUUGACUGGAAACUUCCUGAGGGAGAGAAGCCAGAAGAUUUAGACAUGACUGAGGUAUUUGGUGCAGCCGUUAGCAGGAAAAGAGAUCUGUGUGUUAUUCCUACCGCUUAUCAUCAUUCAACUGGUGAAUAAGAGAUUAAGACAAGAAGGUAUAUAGCGAGUAAAUAUUCGGUGCACCGAGCACCGGACGCUGAAUAUUUAUUCGUAGAAAGUAGUGGAUGUUUAUUAUUCAAUUUCUAGUUUUAGUUUGAUCCCAUAAUGUUAAUUAGUUUAUAUAUAUAUAUUAAUAAUUUAAUCUUAUGUCAUAUUUUGUAUAACAAUAAUGUUGAAAGGUAAAAUAAGAGAGCUUGUCGCUUUUGGCUCAAAAGAAUAUUAUUCUACCCUAAUAAAGAGAGCACGUGCAACUUCUCAAGUGGAUUACCUCAUUAUAAAUCUUCUCUUAACCUUAAUAAAGAGAGUUC